UCCAUGGUCUCUUUCAUGUACCACUGUAAAACCCUACUUACCAUUCUACUGAUUGUAUAGUCACAUUAAUUAUAUUGACAUUUAUUGCGUCCUUCCCUAUUAUGGUUUUCAGAUAUUUCUCAUGGUCUAACUGAACUUUGUUGCCUUUUCAUUCGUCAAUAGGUCAGCAAUUCAGUAGAGUCCAAUUGUUGAGUUGUGUAGCAAAUUACCUUUGAGAUCUUCACAUAGCUCACUCAGUUUUCUGAUUUUUAUGGGGGUGGUCUCUGGUUUACCUGUACUGGGAAUUUCGGGGUCUCUUUGAUUUUGCUCUUGCUCAACUGUAUGGUCUGACACAUCUGCUUCCCCAAAUUUAGCCUACCAUCAUCAACCAAGUUGUUACUGGUACUCACUAUUCAAUUAAUUGAGAUCCAAUCUCCAAGAAUCUGUUCUAGAAGAUUGAUACUCUUUAGAAGGGUGAAACAUAAAUUGCUGAGUAGUUUGCUCUGCUCCUCAUCUUCUUCUUGUGCGCAAUACUUUGGAUAGUGGAGUCAAACACGACUACAAGGAUGUCUGUGGAGGAAGCGGCUGCUAGCUCCUUGUGGACUUGGGAGCAGGACAAGGCAUUUGAGAAUGCCCUGGCAACUUAUCCCGAGGAUUCUCCAGAUCGUUGGGAGAAAAUUGCAGCUGAUGUUGAAGGGAUAUCCGUAGAGGAGAUAAAGCAUCAUUAUGAGCUCUUAGUUGAUGAUAUAAGUCAGAUCGAAGCUGGUUGUAUCCCGCUGCCUUGCUACAAUUCUUCUUCCGACGGUUCAACAAGCCUUGCCAAUGAUGAAGGAACCAGUAAGAAGGGACACUAUGGCAGCGAAUCUAAUCAUGGAAGUAAGGCUUCAAGGGCAGAUCAGGAACGGCGCAAGGGGGUUGCUUGGACGGAGGAUGAACACAGGCAAUUUCUCCUAGGCUUGGAAAAAUAUGGGAAAGGUGACUGGCGAAGUAUAUCACGGAACUUUGUGGUAACGAGAACACCUACACAAGUGGCAAGCCAUGCACAGAAGUACUUCAUACGUUUGAAUUCAAUGAACAAGGACAGAAGGCGAUCAAGCAUCCAUGAUAUUACCAGUGUCGACAAUGGAGAAGUUGCAACAAUCCAAGGGCCUAUCACUGGUCAAUCAAACGGCCCAGCAGUAGGCUUAUCUGGCUCUGGGAAAUCAGCCAAACAAUCUGCCGCUGGACCCCCGGGGGUUGGCAUGUAUGGAGCACCAAGUAUCGGGCAACCAAUUGGAGGACCUCUCGUUUCAGCUGUUGGCACACCAGUGAAUCUUGUUGGCCCUUCUCCACACAUGGCAUAUGGUGUGAGAGCCCCUAUGCCUCCUGGAGCACUUGUUCCUGGGGCACCAAUGAACAUGCCCCCCAUGACAUAUCCUAUGCCUCACACGGCUCAUAGGUAAUGUGUACCAUUUACUUAUUUUAGCUUCAAAAUGUACAAAGAACAGUGUAGACCGAGUAGCUUGAGCUAUUGCCUCUUGUCGGGUUGGUUGUUAGGAUCAUUUUGCUCUUAGCUGAAGUGCUUCUUUACUUAUUAGGAAAGCACGAGUUGUUUAAUGCUAUUUGUCUAUCCUAUUCUUGUAUGAAAUAAGCCAUUGGGUGGAAUCCGACACCCAAAGAAGAGAAACGGGGAAGAAUUACAAUGACAUGAAUAUGUAUAGACCAAUUGC